AUGAAGCCUAAUGUUGGAGAACAAAGCUUACAUCAAGUAACUAAUGUAUAUAGAGAAUUUUUGAAAAACUUUAUCAUUGCAAAUAAAUUACUGAUUGAUGGCCCAAUAUUCCUGCAUAAGAAUAUUCAUAAAGCAAUGUGGAGGUUACCCGAUGGAAAGACAUGCAACCAAAUACACCAUAUUUACGGAAAUUGGACACCGAAAUGUCUAUUAAAGAAGUCAUUCUAUCGUAGAAAAGAAAAACCGCAUAGGAAGUUGGCUGUUACUGAACUCCAAAAUCCAGAAAUUUUGAGCCUUUAUGAGAGUAAAUUUAGAACGAAUUUACAAGCAGGUCCUACUGCUGGACAGGAGAAUAGAGGAUUGCGACAGAAUGAUGCUCUGUUGCGCCUACUGUUCAACUUGGCCCUAGAAAAAGUUAUCAAAUUGCCUAGUCUCACAGCCAAAGAAACCAUCUACCAGAAAACUUUACAAACCUUGGAAUUUUCAGAUUACAUCACCUUAGUUGAUAGAUCCAGAAAAUUUGUCUAG